AUGCCAGUCGUCGCAAACAAAGCAACGCAGCGCAGACCGGCGUUGCAGGUCACUGCCGGCUCAUAUACUUCUCAUCACUGCGUAGCUGAACACGAUGGCGAUGGUGAUGGCGAUGGCGCAACGAGGCGCGGGGUCCCCAAGGGAACGAAUCGGCCUCCAGGGGAGCAGGCGAAGACAACUGAUGAAUACGUUAACGGCGAGGAUAGGAAUUGGGGCGAAGGGGCUAGAGGAUCAGAGCCUCAUGGAUCAGCGCAGAGCAUGUUUGCGGAGGAGGGCGAGCAGGAUGAAGCGGAAGACGACGAGGGACAAACGUCAGCCUCCGCAAGCCAAGCGUUGCUGCGGGCUGCUUUCUGGUUGCUUGGCCGGCCCCGUGGAAUCCAAUCUAGAGCCCAAUUCCCCGCCACCGCGCCGUUCUGGGUGACGAGUUACGCCGAGGUCUCCGGGUCCUCGUCUCGCGGGCCCGUCAUGGCCGGGAAUACCGUUGGUGGCAUUGCUGAAGGAUCCAGAAAUGGGGAAUGCUCGUUUGGUGUUUGGAAAAGACGAGAUGGGCGGGCCACAAUUUGGGACGUUGUUAUGGUUAUAAAGGCCUACACAAUCCCCUUGCUACCUAGGAGACUGCUGGAUGGACGGAUGGCAUUGAUUAGCAUUGGCAUUGGCAUGGGAUAG